CCCAGGUGAUCUGUACUACAGUAUUACAAUAGCGAUGAAGCUGGUGAGUGGAGUCUGGCAGCCAGACUGCAUGCCGGCGCUUUCCCUCCUGGCCCUGGUUCUCUGCGGAGGCCUUGGGGCCAGGGCACUGAACAAUGGCUUAGCGAUGACUCCUACCAUGGGCUGGCUGCACUGGGAGCGCUUCAUGUGCAACACUGACUGCCAAGAAGAGCCAGAUUCAUGUAUCAGUGAGAAACUCUUCAUGCAGAUGGCAGAUCUCAUGGCCUCAGAUGGCUGGAAGGCUGUAGGUUAUGAGUAUCUCUGCAUUGAUGACUGUUGGAUGGCUCCCCAAAGAGAUUCAGAAGGUCGACUUCAGGCAGACCCUAAACGCUUUCCAAGAGGGAUCAGUGGCCUAGCUAAUUAUGUGCACAGCAAAGGACUGAAGCUAGGGAUUUAUGCAGAUGUUGGAAAUAAAACCUGUGCAGGUUUCCCUGGGAGUUUUGGAUACUAUGACAUUGAUGCCAAGACCUUUGCUGACUGGGGAGUAGAUCUGCUCAAAUUUGACGGUUGUUACUGUGACAGUGUGAAACUUCUGGAAGAUGGUUAUAAGUACAUGUCCUUGGCCCUGAACAAGACUGGCAGAAGCAUCGUGUACUCCUGUGAGUGGCCCCUUUAUAUGUGGCCCUUUCGUAAGCCGAAUUACACAGAAAUCCGACAGUACUGCAAUCACUGGAGAAAUUUUUAUGAUGUUUCUGAUUCCUGGGAAAGUAUAAAGAGUAUCUUGGGCUGGACAUCUUCUAACCAGGAGAGUAUUGUUCCCGUUGCAGGACCAGGGGGUUGGAAUGACCCAGAUAUGUUAGUGAUUGGCAACUUUGGCCUCAGUUGGAAUCAACAGAUAACUCAGAUGGCCCUCUGGGCUAUCAUGGCAUCGCCAUUACUCAUGUCCAAUGACCUCCGGCACAUCAGCCCUCAAGCCAAAGCUCUUCUUCAGGAUAAGGAUGUGAUUGCUAUCAACCAGGACCCCUUGGGCAAGCAGGGGUAUCAGUUUAGAAAGGAAGACAACUUUGAGCUGUGGGAACGCCCUCUCUCUCACUCAGCCUGGGCCGUGGCUAUGGUAAACCUGCAGGACACUGGUGGACCUCGUUCUUAUACCAUCUCUAUUGCUUCCCUGGGUUGGGGGAUGGCCUGUAUUCCUGAUUGUGUGGUCACACAGAUCCUCCCUGUGAAGAAAAAGCUUGGCUUUUAUGAAUGGACUUCAAGUCUAAAAAUGCAAGUAAAUCCCACAGGCACUGUUCUACUUCGGCUAAAUACAAGUUAGACUGCAUAAAGCAGCUUCCUUUAAAAUAAUAUAUUUUGUUGCCGAAGUGACUACCCCAUUUCUGUCCACCUUUUUCUUCCAUUCCCACUUCACCUGUUCCUAUUUCCUUGAAUAAAAUCUUUCAAUUGUGCUUUUAAAAAA